AUGGUUCGCAGAACGUCCUUCGCUGGUACCCUCUUGUCCAUCGCCGCGCUCGGUGUGUCUGCGCACCAACCCCGCGCGGCCGCGACGAGCACCUGCCAGUCGAUUGCUGCCGCCAUUUCUUCUGCCUCGGACGUCUACUAUCCGCUCUCUAUUAAUUAUAUUCGAGACAACGCCCAUUGGGCUUCUACAAGCUCACAAGAUUCGACAUGCUCCGUAGAACCAGGUAGCAUUGAGGAUGUUGGGAAGAUUCUACAAAUUCUCGGGUCUACCAGCACCUCAUUUGCGGUGAAGGGCGGAGGCCACAGCUCAAACCCUGGAUUUUCGUCUACGAGCGGCGUGCAAAUUGCCAUGACACGCUUCAACAACGUCACCUAUCACGCUGAUACCCAGACCGCCGACAUCGGCACCGGAAUUAUCUGGGAUGAUGUUUACUCAGCUCUCGCACCAUAUAACGUCAAUGUCGUUGGAGGCCGUGUCACCGGCGUGGGCGUUGCAGGUUUCACCUUGGGUGGAGGUACUGUACCAGCAGUCAUUUCGGGUGCAAUAGCUGCCAGUGCGGCCAUGCUAACUAUAGAACGCGUCACACUUCAUCUGUGUGGCGUCACAGGUUAUUCGUGGAAGACGAGCCAGCAUGGCCUGACGAUUGAUACCCUCGAAGCUUUUGAGUUGGUUCUUCCGAAUGGGACGGUUACCACUGUGGCCUCUGAGGACGAAGACCUCUUCUUUGCGUUGAAGGGCGGCUUCAACAACUACGGUAUUGUGACGAAGUUCACGUUGAAGACUUUCCCUCAAACACAAGUUUGGGGAGGUCUGGUCACCAUCACACAAGAGCACUUGGCUCAAGUGAACGCCGCUGUUGCCAACUUCUCUGCCAAUGUCAGUGAUCCGAAGGCAGCUAUUAUCAGCGCAUAUAACUUUGUGCUCGGGGCACCUGGCGUCUCUUUGCUGUGCUUCUACGAUGGCCCGACGUAUCCCGAUGGUAUCUUUGACCAGCUGAUGGCUGUCCCUCACUUCACAAAGGACAUCUCCACGCGCUCAUUCUUAUCGCUGGUCACCUCUUCGCCCAGUAACGCGACCGCUAACACACGAACUCUGUUCAGCAGCGUAUCUAUCCUCGAAUAUACACCUCGCUUGCUGGAUGUGAUCGUGAAUGAGACCAAGUUCUGGGGUCAAAAGCUCUCACUCGAGGCUUCUGCAAGUUUCAUCUCAUAUGAUGUUGAACCUUUCGAUGCUGGCCUCUUCAGCCACGGCAGCGGAUCCGCGUACCCACCCGAUCGCACACGCGGUCUCCUUCCACUCAACAUCUAUUUUGCGUGGGGUCUCGAGAUUUUCGACUCGACCAUGUAUGACGCUAUAGUGCAGUCCACGAAGACAAUCACUGCUGCAGCCAUCGCAGAUGGCCAGGACAUCGCCGAUGCGUCGAUCUAUGGCAAUUACGCGCUAUACGACACGCCGCUGGAGAACAUCUACGGAGGCAAUGUGGACCGCCUGAAGUCGAUCAAGCAGACGUUCGACCCGGAGAAUAUCAUGGGUCUUGCGGGCGGAUUCAAGUUCUGA